GCAAGUACUAUACGUUAGUUACUCAUCAAGUGUUUGAAGUUAAAGACAAAAAAAUUACAUUCUUAAAAGGAAAUGCAGCGCCACCAAUCUAAAGCUCGCCAAAAGGAGCGCAGCGAAAUUGACGAACUUGCCAAAAAAUCGUCCACAAAAACCAUUGAAACUGAUGCUGAAACGAUCACUAAACUCCUGGCUGGUAAAGUUUACGAAAAAGAAGAUAUAAUCAAAGUUGCUCAAGCACUUCUCCCGCUGUACAAUCACGACUUUGACACUCAGUUUCGUCUCGUCGACAACAUUGAUAAUUUUGACACCUGUUUCGACAAUACAACACUAGAACCUGGCAAACCCAUUUUUACUAUAUAUAACAAACCCAAGAAGAGAUGGGUGCUGUUUUGCAUUAUAUGCAAAGACGACAAAAAGAUUGUUUUAUUUAAAAAUCCGUGUGGAGCGCUGGUGUCGUUUAAACUGGAAAAGAAAAUUGUGCAGAAGUUUGGAGAUGUAGAGUUUAUUGCUCAAAGUGAAAAGGAUCAGAAGGACGACGAUGUGAAAAGCUAUGGACCCCUAACCGUGCGGAAUUUGAAGAUUUUGUUGGAUUUUUUGAAAGAUGAGAAAACAUUUGUGGAGUUUCCGAAAGUGAAGUUUGCGCAAGUGCUUGAACUUAAUAAUGAGAAAUUCGAUAAGGUGGCUUCUUUGACGAAAGAGCUAGGAGAAAAUGAAGAUUUCAAAAACGCCUUGAAAAAUUUUGUUGACAACCUUCCGUUAGGUCUUGGUUCUGGGAUGUUGGAAUAUAAGAGAAUUAUGGAAGAGGAGUUGGAAAAAGGGGAAGAAGAAGCGGAUCUUAAACGAAUCCAACAAGCUAGAGAGAAAUAUCUCACGCAAGAAAGCGUCGAUAAAAUUAAAGGCGACUAUAAAAUAAAUGCGAAAGAACAAGAAGAUGAACAAUUAAAAGAGUAUGAGCUUGAAAUUCAGAACAAAUAUCCAGACGAAAUGAAGAAACUUAGCGAUAUUUUUGAAGUUCUGGACGAUAUUAAAGUGGACGAUAAACUUUACAAAGCGUUGGAAAACAUAAGCGAGAUCCUUGGAAUUGAUUACAAUAAAAUGAAAACUUUGUACGAAUUUAAAGCAAGUUUGGAACAAAAAGAAGAAAUACAAAAAAUGUUACCUGGUGAUAUCUCCGACAUCGCGCAAAAACUUCCUCCGAUGAAAGAAUCUUCACCUGAUGACUGCACUCCCUUGGACCAACUUCUUAGAGAACUUACUUUGGGCAUGGACCAAGAAAACUCUUCCCCUAAUGAACAAUCUCAAGAGGAAAUCCGAAAGAUAGAAGCAAAAUACCACGACGUCAAAAAUAGGUACGAGAAAUGGAAAUGCCACGAUAUUCACUCUAUCAACACCUGGGCCAAACAAAUCAAGGGCAAGCUGGAAACUACUGAUGCUGCUGUCUGCGAAACAAUCGCAAUUAUGGACAGAGUUCUUAACCUCUUGACAGGAGGUCAUCGUCUCCGGGACACUCAGAUUUUAGCAGUGCUCAUUUUCUUCCAUGGACAAAAUAAUAAAGGGCGUUUAUGUCAAAUCAAAACUGGCGAAGGCAAAACCGUUAUUGUUUCAUUGCUUGCAGUUAUCAAAGCCCUGCAGGGACUUACAGUUGACGUUAUCACCAGCAAUCCACUUCUAGCAGCUGAUGGUGUAGAUGAAACGAAAAUGUUUUACUCUACUUUUGGUCUUACAGUUGCUACGAAUAAUCCAGGAGAAUCUAAGGCUUGUUACACUGCUGAUGUUCUCUACGGUACUAUCAGUAGUUUCCAGUUCGACUUUUUAAAAGAUUCAUUCGAAGGUUUUAAUAUUAGAAGCGAGAGAAAAUUCGGACAGGUAGUUUUGGAUGAAGUCGAUAGCAUGUUGGUGGAUAAUGGAGGCCAUAUUGCAAAACUGGCAGCACCAUAUCCUGGAAUGGAGUGCUUAAGGUACAUCUAUAUCAAAAUAUGGCAAGAACUGCGUAAAGCUGAAAAUAACUUUGUCAAGGAGUGUCAAGAGAAGAUUAAAGAGUUACUUCACUACCCAAACAAAGAGGAGGCGAGGGCAAAAUAUUCGGAGUUUAUAGAAUAUAUGAUUAAGUCUGAACGCAAAAUCAUCAAGGACAAAAUUCGGGCUUCUAAUCCUACAAAUAUUCCUUUGGUACCAGCUCACCUGAAAGACUAUGUCGCCAGUAAAUUAGAUACUUGGAUUAAGAAUGCUCUUCAUGCUAAAUACAAUUGCCAUGAGCAUCAACAAUACAGAAUUAUCACUGAUGAUAGCGGAGAAAGGGUAAUAACUCCAGUGGAUUAUCUUAAUACCGGAGUGACCAUGAAAAAUACCAUUUGGUCGAAUGGUCUUCACCAAUUCGUACAACUCAAGCACAACCUCUACCUAACCUUUGAAAGCUUAACCAGUAGCUUCAUUUCGAACAUUGGCUACAUCAAAAACUACAACGACAAAAACAUUUUUGGACUAACGGGUACUUUAGGAUCUAGAGCCGAGCAAGAGCUCCUUUCUCACAUUUACAAUAUAGACUUUGCGAAGAUUCCAACCUACAAGAUGAAGAAGUUUCACGAAUUGCCAGGCAUCGUAGUUGACGAUGAUUCGUGGUCCGAACAAGUCACUCUAGAGGUUUUAGCAAAGGUAGACGAAGGCAGAGCUGUGUUGGUGAUUUGUGAAACCGAGCAUGAUCUAAUUACUGUAAAUGAAAACCUGCAGCUUCUCGAAGAUGAAGAUAAAUUUACGAUCAGAAAGUACGCGAAUGAAGAUAACGCUGAAGAAACAACAAAGAAAGUGAAGAUUGGUGAUGUGAUUCUCGCUACAAACAUUGCAGGACGUGGUACCAACUUCCGUACUGAGAACAGUCUAGAAAUGAAUGGAGGUCUUCAUGUGUGUGUGGGUUUUCUUCCUUGCAAUUUACGAGUGGAAGGGCAAGCUUUCGGCAGGACUUCCCGACAAGGCAAUGAUGGUACUGCCCAGCUCAUCCUGCGUCAGAGUGAAGUAGACGAACUCGACAUCCUAGAUGAAACUCCCAGUUUCAUCCAAAUUAAACUCGAACGUGACAAACUAGAACGCUCCAGGCUAAAAGAAAUCAACGAUACGUUAGUCAAAGAACUCGACUUUAAAGAUGAACUGUUCAAGUACUUCUCAGACUUUCACCGCAACCUCAAACAGGAAAAAAUGACAGAAAGUUAUCGAUACGUUCUUCAAGAUCUAAAAGAGUUUUGGGCUUUUUGGCUUGAAAAGAAGAACUUCAAAGUUAAAACGAUCGCUAACACAACGCCUCAACAAGAAUUCGAGAACUUCCUGAAUGACGCGCGUUCCAUCAUUGAUGGCACUAUCAGUCAUAAUCCUCACUACUGUGUGGGUUUGGGAGACCAUUAUUUGGAAAAAAACGAUAGAGCUGGGGCUACUCGUGUCCUGAACCAUGCCAUCGAGAUGGGUGGAGAACAAAACUACGAACUUCUAACAGGUGCCCAUAUGAAGCUCUUUGAACUAGCUAUUCAAAGUGGUGACCAACUUCGUGAAAGGUUUAAAAAGGCUGUAGCAAAAAUUUUCUUUGUUGAUGUGCAAAAAAACGAAGAGUACAGACGAACUGCUAAGAAACACUUAGAUCACGCACGAGCUUCCAUUAGGAAAGAAAUCGACUACAUCGAGAGUUGCCUCAAGAACGGGAACCCCGAUUUCGAAAGGAUUUUGCAGCAACAAGACAACAAUCUUUUCUUGAAGCACAUUUAUUCAAGACUCUUUUGUUUAAAAGUGCAUGAUGGAAAUAUCGAAGAGUUGUUGAAAAUGGUGCAAAAUCUUAGCGGAGGUGUAGACUUAAAUGGGAAGGCACCAACCAAUCUGGAGAACUUUCUCAAGAUGAGCGACGAUCCCCAAGUUAAGAAUAGUUUGACGAGUUGGGAAAUUGCGGAGCUGCGAUCGAUUGGUGUUGACGCUUUAUAUUCCCUAAAAGAAAUUCAUGACGUUCCAGAUGUAGUUAUCUAUACAUCUAUAGGGCAAAUCAUAGCAGGAAUUGCUGCUCUGUGCGCAGGUCUAGCUUUCCUCCCUAUUUUUCCAAUCAUGAGUUCAAUUGCUGGAACUUUAAUCUCUGAAGGAAUAAUCGAUAUCGUCAUGCAAAUUAUCACACAAGGAGCCACCGAAUUUGAUAGCACCGACUUCUUGAAAGGGAAAUUUAUCUCGUAUGGUGUUAGUUUGUUAAGUUUUGGGAUAAGCGCCAUCACCCAAUCUGUAAAAAUUCUAUCAAAAGCAGUUAGUUUCUGUCGAAAACUAUCUUCAUUCUUGAGAAAGAGUAAAUAUUUGAAAAACCUCUGCAGACAUUUGGCAAAUUUUGUUGAUAAAAUUGGUGACAAACUACAGAAAAUGCUUACUGUAGCCAAAUUCAACAAACUAAGUGCUGCUGAUCAGCUAGACGAGCUCCAGAAGCUGCGAAACGCGGGGAAUACUCAAAUGUUUGAAAAGUUGGGUGGUAUGGAAAAAAUGAAAAAUCUUGCAAAAAUACAAAAUCUACGAAAAUCAGAAGUCCUGUUACGGUACACUGGAGAGUUUGCCUGGAAAACUGCUAAACAAGUUGGAUUCACUCUUAUAGAAGAACUGGUUGUGAAACCUAUUCUGAAUGAGAUCCUGCAAGAGGUUAUAGAUGCAAUCAAAAAACAUUUUAAAGACACACUCAAAAAUUCUAUUACAAAAGACAGUAACCUAAUGAACAAGAUUCGUUCAACCCCAAGAAGUGAGAUUGAUAGAGUCAUUGACAAUUUCAUGCAAGAAAAUGAAGUUUUGAAGACUGCGAAAGAGGUGGGGAUUGAGCUUGCAGGUCUUUGUGAUAAUCCGAUUAUUGAUAUUUUAACCAUAGCAACUGACAUUAUCUACAAUUUGGCGGAAUUUUCACGAUACAAUCUAACUCUUACUGUUUUUCUUAACAGAAAACUUAACGGCGGGAAUUGUAAUAACGAUGUUGAUGAGGUAAUGGAGGACAUAUGUACAAGAUUGAGUGAUCAAAUGUUUUCUUUAUGUUGUGAUGUGAUGAAAGGGAAUUUCAAGUUGAUCAAAAUGGGAAUCGACUGGGGCAAAAAGAAAAUCGAAGAUUAUAUAAACGAUGAGGACGAAGGAACUGCGAGACGUAGAAAAAAGAUUGAUUUUGAUGAUGAUGGUGAUGACGAUGCUAAACAGAGUUCAAAAAAGUAUGUAAAUAAUUCUGAUGAUGAUUUAGAAACUUCGUCAAAACAUGCAAAGAAAAAUGAUAGCGAUAAUGAAGAACCUAAUAGAAAGAAAAAAUCUGAUCAAAUUCAAGAAGACGAUGAUCUUGAACAUUCGUCAAAACCUGCAAGAAAAAUUAAGGAAGUAUCUGAAGAUGAAGACAGUACUAGCACGACGAAGAAAAAGCCGAGUCAAAAUGAUGAAGAUGACGAUUCUAAUACUUCCCCCAAUCAAAAAAAGAGGGUUGAUGAUGAAGAAUCCGAAAAUGAUCGAGACUCGUCCGCUCCGAAGAAACAAUCUGACCAGAGUGAAGAUGAUUCUAAUACCUUAUCCAAUCAGAAAAAGAGACUUGACUAUGAAGAAUCCGAUGAUGAUGAGAACUCUUCCAAAAUAAAGAAAACAUCUGACGAAAGUGAAGAAAAUGAUGAUUCUAAUGCCUUACCCAAUCAAAAAAAGAGACUUGACGAUGAAGAAUCCGAAGAUGAUGAGAACUCUUCCAAAAAAAAGAAAAACUCAGACGAAAGUAAGGAAGUUGAUGAAAAUGAUCCAUUGUCCAAGCCAAACAGGAAACUGAAAGAUGAAGAAUCCGACAGUGAAAAUACUUCCAAGCCAAAGAAAAAGCCUCACCAAAAUGAAGACUCUGAUGAAACUUCAAAUAGAACACCAAACAAUAAUGACGAAGAAAAUGAGGAAUCAACAAAGAAGAAGCGGAAGAAAGAAAAAUUAAAGAAAGUGGCACAAAUACUGCAAGAUAAAUUGUUGGAGCCCUUACUUAAUGCAGCUUUAGAUGAAUGUAUUCAACAAAUUAGAGAAUCUUUAAAGAAUUCUCUCAAAAAUUCUAUUAGAAGUAAUAAGAACCUAAUAACCAAACUUGAGAGUACUCCAUAUGACAUCAUUAGCAACGUUCUAAGUAAUUUCAUUAAAGGAAACGCUACGUUUAAUAUGGCGAAAAAUAUAGGUUUCAAAAUUUUGGGAGUUAUGAAGAAUAAAGCUAUAACUGCGCUAACCACCAUUUUCGACAUUAUCAAAAACAGUGUCGACUUUGGCAUUUACAUCAGCACGUGUGCUUCUUAUUUAGAACAAAACCUUGAAGGUGGCGACUGCAACAAUAAUCUUGACGGAAUCAUCGAAAAAAUUUGUUCAGAAGUAGCCGAUCAUUUGUGCAAACUGUUAAAAGAUGUAGGCAAAGGUUAUGUACAGAUUGUGAAAAUGAGCUAUGAGUGGGAUAAAGAAGAAUUAAAGAAAAUUUUUAACAGCAAAGAAAUUAUGAAAACUGUUGCUAAUAUCGACACGUGGAAAGAAAUAGGAAAAAUUUUGGUAGAGGAAGGCGCUUUUCAACCUUUGAUAAACAAAAUUAUAGAAGAAAUUAAAAACAUCUUUAAACAGGAAUUAAAAAAAUCUAUCAGAAGUAAUAAAAGCUUGAUCGAGCGACUCAAAACUACUCCAGUUGAUCAAAUUAAUGACACUGUAGAUGCGUUCAUCAAAGGGGACGAAACUUUCAACAUGGCAAAAAAGAUCAGUUUCAAGCUCCUCAAUCUUGUACAGAACAAAACAGUUACUGCAAUAACAACAACUUUCAAUAUUAUCAAGAAUUCCAUUGAUUUCAGCAAGUAUUUCACAAAGUUUUCUUUAUUUUUGGGAGAAAAUCUUCGAGGAAAUGGUUGUGAAAACAAUAUUGAACAAAUCACUGAAGAUAUUUGUUCUAAAGCUGCUGAUCAAAUGUACAUUUUGCUGCAAGAAACUGGUAAAGACACCAUACAACUUGGGAAAAUUGGUUGUGAGCUGAAAGACGAAGAUUUAAAAACCAUUUUUAACACUGACGGAAUUUUUGAUGCCCUUGCCGAUAAAGAAAAAUGGAAGGAUUUUGGACAAAUGCUAAUAAAGGAAGAAGUUUUUCAACCAUUAAUUGACAAAAUCAUUGAAGAAAUCAAAAACUUUUUCAAAAAGACACUUAAAAAUUCUAUCAAAAAUAAGGAAAAUUUGGUAGAUAAACUUCGUUCUAGUUCUACUAGAGAGAUUAACGAUGCCGUAACUGCCUUUAUAAGAGGAGACGAAACUUUGAAUAUAGCGAAACAAGUAAGUUUCAAACUUUUGAAUCUUAUCCAACAUAAAGCAAUAACGGCUCUAACGACAGCUUUCGAGGUUAUCAAAAAUUCUAUCGACUUUUCCAAUUACAUUAACAAGUUUUCAUCUCAUUUGAUGGAACAUCUGCAUGGUGGUGACAAUGAAAACAACUUUAACGAAAUUAACGAAAAUAUUUGCACCAAAGCGGCAGAUCAGAUGUAUGAUUUGUUAAAAGCUUCAAGUAUAGGUACUGUGCAACUUGCAAAGAUUACAUACGAACUCAAAGAUGAAGAUUUUAAGACGUUUUUGAACAAGGACGAAAUCGUGUCUGCUUUAACGAACAAAGAAACUUGGAAAACUGUAGCAAAAAAUAUCAUCAGAGAAGAAGUUUUUCAACCUUUGAUUGAUAAAGUCAUCGAGGAGAUAAAGAAUUCGUUUAGAGAUACACUGAAAAAAUCUAUUAACAACAAUCAAGAUCUCGUUAAAAAAAUUCGAACUACUCAGACUGAUGAAAUCAGUGACAACUUCGUCAAUUUUAUGAGAGGUGACGAAACAUUGAAUAUCGCUAAAAACAUCAGCUACAAAAUUUCCGGUCUUUUAGACCAUAGAGCAAUAACUGCUUUAACCAAAACGUUUGCAAUCGUCAAGAAUUCAUUUGAUUUUGCUGGUUAUAUCGACAAGUUGUCUUCAUAUCUGAACGAGCAUCUUCCUGGUGGUGAUUGUGACAAUAAUGUUGAAGAUCUUACGAAUGAACUAUGCACAAAAGCUGCUGAUCGUAUGUGUUCUUUGUUGAAAGACACUGGAAAGGAUACAGUCGAACUCGCAAUGAUUGGGUAUAAGUUAAGAAAUGAAGAUUUAAGCAAACUGUUUGACAAAAAUGAAAUUGCUGCUGCUCUUACUGAUAAAGAAAAGUGGACACAAAUUGGGCAAACCGUUAUCAAUGAAGAAAUUUUACGACCUUUAAUUGAUAAAGCAGAGGAGGAAGUUAAACGUGUUUUCGAAAAAACACUCAAGGACAAAAUUUUAAAUAACGGCACUUUGACAAAUAAGCUGAAGAAUACACCAGAGGAACAAAUUCUUGGUGUUAUUUAUAUUUUUCUGAACCGUGACGAAACUCUAAAUGCAGCACAGAAAAUUGCUGAGAAAUUAUCGAAACUUACAGAAAACAAAGCUGUGACCGCUUUAACUUCAACUUUUACCAUCAUCAAGAAUUCGAUAAACUUUGCUGGUUAUAUUGACAAGUUUUCUUCAUAUCUGGAGAAACAUCUCCAAGGUGGCGACUCUGAUAACAACAUGGAGGUUAUCACUGAUAAAAUAUGUUCAAUAACUGUCGAUCAAAUGUAUAUUUUGUUGAAAGAUACCGGCAAACAUUCAAUGCAACUUGUAAAAAUCGGUUACGAAGUGAAAAAUGAGGAAUUAAUAAACAUUUUAGACAAGGACCAAAUUGUUGUCAUUUUGUCUGACAAAGAAAAAUGGAAACAGAUAGGUCAAACUGUCAUCAAAGAAGAAAUAUUACAACCUCUGAUCGAUGUAAUGCUUGACGAAAUUAAAGAAUCUUUCAAGAAUUCUUUGAAGAAAUCUAUCGAAGACAACAAUAUUUUAAUCAAAAAUCUUCAAUCCACGUCUAGAGACCAAAUGAAUAAGACUGUCGACGAUUUUAUGAAAGGUGACGAAACUCUCAAUGAAGUUAAAAUCCUCAGUGAAAAAAUUUCUGGACUUGUUCAACAUAAAACCAUAACAGCUCUCACCACAACCGUUGAUAUCGUAAAAAAUUCAGUUGAGUUUGCAAGUUACAUUAAUAAAUGCGUGCCAUAUUUGGAACAACACCUUCCAGGUGGUGACUGUAAUAACAAGAUCGAGGAAAUGAAGGAAGAAGUGUGUUCAAAAGUAGCUUAUGGAAUGUAUUCCUUGUUGAAAGAAGCAGGAAAUAAUGUUAUAGAAUUAACAAAGAUUGGUUAUGUACUGAAAAAUGAAGAUUUGCCAAAAGUUUUAAACCAAGACCAGAUUAUCGCUGCUUUAUCUGACAAAGAGCAGUGGAAGCAAAUCGGACAAACUAUUGUCAAAGAAGAAAUAUAUCAACCCCUGUUGGAUAAAGCUGUUGAGGAAAUUAAAGAUUCUUUAGAAAAUCACUUAAAAGAGUCGAUCAGAAGCAACCAUAAUUUAGUGAAGAAGCUUGAGACCGCAUCAGUAGACGAAAUACACAAAAUUUUUGAUGUUUUCAUACAAGGUGAUGAAAGUGUCAAAGAAGCUAAAAAAAUAAUACAGAUACUAUCAACAUUGGGGCAACACAAAGCAAUAACAGCUUUGACCAAAACUCUGGCAAUGGUCACUAAUUCGAUAGAUUUUGCUAUUUAUAUCAACAAGCUUUCUUCAUAUUUGAAUGAAUAUCUUUUGGGUGGAGACUGUAAUAACAAUUUUGAAGAGAUCCUCGAAGAAAUAUGUUCAAAAACAACUGAACGUAUGUUUUCUUUGUUGAAACAAACAGGAAGAGACUUUAUAGAAGUUUCAAAGAUUGUCUACGAGUCGAGGAAUGAAGACUUCACAAAACUUCUAAAUAAGGAUCAAAUUGUUGCUGCUUUGACUGACAAAGAAAAGUGGAAACAAAUAGGACAAACUGUUAUAAGAGAAGAAAUUUUGCAACCUCUAAUGGAUAAAGCUGUGGAAGAAAUUAAAUCCUCUUUCAAACGAACACUGAAUAAUUCAAUUCGCAGCAAUUCCAAAUUAUUAGAAAAGCUACGAAUUACGAUAGUUAACGAUAUCGAUAAAAUUGUUGAAACUUUCAUGAAAGCUGAUGAGACUUCCAACGCAGUUAAUACCAUAAGCGCGAAAGUUUCUGGCCUUGCCGAAAGCAAAGGAAUAGUCUCUGCGUCCACAACUCUUACCAUCAUUAAAAACUCUAUUGAUUUUGGUAAUUACUGCAAAGGGUUUUCGUCAUAUUUAGAAGAAAAUCUUCCAGGAGGUAACUGUGACAAUGACGAGGAACAAAUUCUUGAUGAAGUGUGUUCUAAAGCUGCUGAUGAAAUGUACUUCUUAUUGAAAAGUACCAGUGAUCAAACACUAAAUUUGGUGAAAAUUGGAUAUGAGUUGAAGAAUGAAGAUCUAACGAAGUUCUUAGAUGAAGAUAAAAUUAUUGGUGCUCUUGUUGACAAAGAAAAGUGGAAAGAAAUAACACAAACCGUUAUCGAAGAAGAAGUUUUCCAACCGCUGGUAGACGCAACUAUUCAAGAAAUUAAGAAUUACUGUAACAAGAUCUUGAGUGACUCGAUAAAGACUAACGAUAAUGUUGUUGUAAAACUCCAAACUUGUGAAAUUAAUGAAAUUCAGAUCGCUGUUGAAAUAUUUGCCACGGGGACUGAAAUGCUUAAUACUGCUACAAUUAUUGCAAAUUCGAUCAUCAGUCUUCAGAAAAAGAGAACACUUGUGAAUAUUGCAAGCACUGACUUUGAUCCCCUUAAAAGGAUUAUUGAUUUUUCCAAAUACACGGCGGAUGUUUGUUCAUAUUUAGAAGAAAAUCUUACUGGAGGGCAUUGCUUCAAUAACGUUGAUGAAAUUGUUAGCGUAGUUACAAUUAAACUCGCAAAUUAUAUAGUCUCUUUGCUAAAGAAUAUUCUAAGAAAUCACAAAGAUGUGAAAGAAAUAGUUCAAAAAUUAAACAUUCAUGAUUUGAAGGAGUUUGAACUUAGUAAAGAAUCAUUAACUGAUUCUUUAAAGAAAGUUAAAGCUGUUGCCCUUCCCAUUUUGAAAAAAUCUGUUGUUGAUGUUACUGAUGAAACUCUCAAAAUCAUUUUAAGCACUUCUGGACACAGCGCUCUCGAGGUUGUUACCCCCGAACUUCUGAAAGAAAUUAUUGGUCAAGCACCAAAUCUGGUCACUAAGGAAAAUCUUGCAACUUAUAUAGAAAAUGUGGUACCUGUUCUAACUCAGAAAAUUACAGCUGAAAUUUCAAAAUUUGUUUACAAUGAAGAUAAAACACUAGAAGCCAUUGUGCCUUAUGUUACGAAAGCAAUAACAUCUGAAGUAUCCAGUUCAUUAUCUGAAGCAAUAACUAACGAUGAUGUUCGACAAAUCUUAAGUACUAUAGGAGAAGGCAUUUCUGUAGAAGCAGCUAUUGAAGAUAUGAUGCCUUAUCUAAUUCAAGCUGCCCAGAGCAGAGUCUCCGAUUUAUUCUCAAAUGAAACCUUCAACAUAACUCAGAAAGAUAUUGAACCGACUAAACUAAACACAGUUAUGGGAAACAUUUUGCCCCAUUUGCUGCAAGAAAUUACAAAUCAAAUUUCUGAACUAACUUCUAACGACGACAUUAAAACAAUUUUAAGUGGUAUUCAAGAGGGUUCAGCUCUAAAUCAAGCUACGGAAGCUGUCGCAUCUCACCUCACAGAAGAAAUUACAAAAUGGCUUGACAGUAAAGACUUUAAAGCUAUCUUCAUUCAACAUGGUUUGUCUACAUUUGUAAAAACAAUUGAACUGCAAUUGAACCAAGAAUUCAGUAAACAAAUAUACAAAUUUGUUUAUGAAAAAGAUAUUUAUAAAAUGUUGGGUCUUAGACCUAAUGCUGCCUUUGAUAAAGUUGUGAAAGCUAUCGUACCUUAUCUAACGCCAGAAAUUGUAAAUCAAACAACGCAGAUUCUGGACGAGUUACGUUUUAAGGACAACAUGUUCGAGAUUUUAGGUCUGGAUCCCGAUAUUCCUUUAAAAAAUGAUUUGGAUGUUGUUGUAGCAUAUUUAACUGAAGAAAUUGCAACACAAAUCGUAGAAACUUUUUCUGAAGCAAGUUUUAAAGAAGAAAUUGAUAAACUGUUGGGUAUCGAAACGUCUACAUACUUCAAGAACGUUAUCAAAGCUAUUGUGCCACAAAUAAAUCGAAGUCUUACGAAAGUUCUUGUAGAAGCAAUCGGUAGUCUUGAUGUGGCUUCUUUAAUUGAUGUAGUGGACCUCAUUUUACCAUAUUUAAGUCCUGAAAUUACAACAAACAUUUUGACUUCCGCUUUCAACAUUAUUAAGAAGAAAACUCAACUUAAAAUGUUAAAUCUUAAGUAUGGUGCUUCGUUGGCUGAUAUUAGACGACAGUACAGAAAAAUGGCUCUGCGGUUACAUCCCCAGAAAAAUACAGAAGACUUAGAAGCUAAUGAAAAGUAUCAAAAAUUGUUGGAAGUUUACCACGAACUUGUCAAAGUCUUUGAAAUAAAAACAGACGAAUUCCGAGUUGUAAUUAAGGAAAAUUUAAAGGUGCUGGCUGAAACAUCAGCAUGAUAAUACUAACAGUUAAUAUUCCUGUAUGGUAGUUUUUAUUGGAAAUAAACAAUUUUCGUAUUAA